CAGGUCCAGGGAGGUAAUCCUCUGCUUGGCCCUAGAGAGGCCACGUCCGGAGUGCUGUGUUCAGUUCUGGGCUCCACAGGUCAAGAAAUACCAGGAGCUACUGGAGAGGGUCCAGCGGAGGCUGAAGAUGAUGAGGGGUGUGGAUCAUCUCUCUCAGGGGAGGAGCCUGUGAGAGCUGGGCCUGCUCAGGCUAGAGAAGAGGGAGAGGACAGCAGGAAUCUCAUCAAUCCAUACAAGCAUCUCCAAGGCUCCAGCCAGACGCAGAACACCAAAGUUCGAGGCGGAAGGGAAGCUACCUUUGAAAGCUCCAAAUCCUCCGGAACCGGCUGUGAGGAAGCGGAAGAGGGGGAGCGGGGCCAGGCGGCGGCGGCGGCCAUGGCCAUGGCGGGGGGAUCGCAGGGAUGCGAGCAGGGAUGCGAGCAGGGAUGCGAGCAGGGAUGCGAGCAGGGAUGCGAGCAAGGAUGCGAGCAGGGAUGCGAGCACUACCGGCGGGGCUGCCGGCUGCGGGCACCGUGCUGCGGGAAGCUGUACCCGUGCCGGCUGUGCCACGACGGAGCCGAGGAGCACCAGCUGGACCGGUUCCGGGUGUCCGAGGUGCAGUGCAUCCGCUGCCGCCUCCUGCAGAAGGCCCAGCAGCGCUGUGAGGGCUGUGACAGCCUCUUUGGGGAGUACUACUGCGACAUCUGCCACCUGUUUGACCGAGACAAGAAGCAGUACCACUGCGAGGAGUGCGGCAUCUGCAGGAUUGGCCCCAAGGAGGAUUUCUUCCACUGCUCCAAAUGUAAUUUGUGCCUGAGCCUGAGUCUCCAAGGAAAGCACAAGUGUAUCGAAAAUGUCUCCAGGCAGGAUUGUCCAAUAUGUUUGGAGGAUAUUCACACAUCUCGUGUUGGAGCCCAUGUUCUGCCGUGUGGUCACCUCCUUCACAGAACAUGUUACGACGAAAUGCUGAAGGAAGGCUACAGGUGUCCUUUGUGCAUGCACUCGGCGUUGGACAUGACCAGGUACUGGCGCCAGCUGGACAAUGAGGUGGCACAGACUCCCAUGCCCACGGAGUACCAGAACAUGAUGGUGGAGAUCCUCUGCAACGACUGCAACGCCCGCUCCACGGUGCAGUUCCACCUCCUGGGCAUGAAGUGCCAGAACUGUGAGUCGUACAACACGGCCCAGGACGGGCGGUGCCGGCUGUCCUUGGAGGAGCAGUGACCGGGAUACGCGCGGCGUUCGGCCGGACGGGGAGCACUGUGCCGCGGGAGAGACUUCUUUUACAAACAAAGCAACUCUUUGUCAGUAAAAAUUCCA